GGCCGUCUCGGCCCUAUGGCACAGACCCCAGACGACAUAUCCUGUGAACUGCGAGGCGAGAUCACCAGGUUCCUGUGGCCCAAGGAGGCGGAGCUGCUGUUGAAAACCUGGCUUCCCCAGGAGGGUGCCGAGCAAAGCCAUAUCUUGGCACUGCUUCGAUGGAGGGCAUAUUUGCUGCACACCUGCCUUCCCCUGAGGGUGGACUGCACAUUCAGCUACCUGGAGGUCCAGGCCAUGGCACUACAGGAAACACCCCCUCGGGUCACCUUUGAGCUGGAGUCCCUGCCUGAACUGGUCCUGGAGUUUCCCUGUGUGGCUGCCCUUGAACAGCUGGCUCAGCACAUAGCUGCUGCCAUCAAAAAGGUCUUCCCUCGCUCAACCCUUGGGAAGCUAUUCCGGAAGCCCACACCCUCGUCUCUGCUGGCUCGUCUGGAGAGAAGCCAUCCCUUAGAGUCCACCAUACCCAGCAGUCCGUGCGGUGGCUUCUUGGAAACAUACGAAGCUCUGUGCGAUUACAAUGGCUUCCCAUUCCGAGAGGAGAUUCAGUGGGAUGUGGACACUAUCUACCAUCACCAGGGCUGCCGUCACUUCUGCCUUGGAGAUUUCAGCCACUUUGGCAGCCGAGACCUGGCCUUGAGUGUAGCUGCCUUAUCUUAUAACCUGUGGUUCCGGCGCCUCUCCUGCGAGGACAUGAAGCUGAGCCUGGAGGUCUCAGAACAGAUUCUGCACAUGACGAGUCAAUCUUCCUAUUUGGAGGAGCUGGUGCUGGAGACUUGUGGUCUGCGAGGAGACUUCGUUAGGCGACUAGCCCAGGCCCUGGCAGGACAUUUUAAUUCUGGACUUCGGGAGCUCAGCCUGUCUGGGAACUUGCUGGAUGACAGAGGUAUGGCUGCACUCAGCAGACACCUAGAGCAUUGUCCAGGAGCCUUGAGGAGACUCAGCCUAGCACAGACAGGGUUGACACCUCGAGGAAUGAGAGCUCUAGGCAGGGCACUGGCAACGAAUGCCACCUUUGACUCUACCCUGACCCACCUGGAUCUUUCUGGGAACCCUGGGGCACUGGGACCCUCACAGGAUAAUGGGGGCCUGUAUAUUUUCCUGAGUCGUCCUAACGUCUUGGCGUAUUUGAAUCUUGCAGGCACUGACGCCGCGCUAGGCACGGUGAGAGUGUGGUCAUGGGGGAUGCGUGGUAGGGCUUGGGCUUCUGGAAGGUUAUCACUAAUACCACCUUCCUCUCAGCUCUUUACAGCCUUAUCUGGUGGCUGCUGCUCCAGCCUCACCCAUCUGGAAGCUUCAAGGAAUAUCUUCUCUCGCAUGAAGUCUCAAGCGGCACCAGCCGUGCUGCAACGCUUCCUUGGCGGUGCCAGGAUGCUACGGCACCUGGGCCUGGCGGGCUGCAAGCUGCCACCUGAAGCACUCAGGGCCCUUCUAGAAGGUCUUGCACUCAACACUCAGAUCCAUGAUCUGCACCUAGACCUCAGCGCGUGUGAGCUCCGCUCUGUGGGUGCCCAGGUGAUACAAGACUUAGUUUGUGACGCGGGUGCCUUGAGCUCCUUGGAUCUGUCGGAUAAUGGCUUUGGCUCCGACAUGGUGACGCUGGUGCUUGCCAUCGGGAGGAGCCGGUCUCUGAAACACGUGGCCCUUGGAAGGAACUUCAACGUUCGGUGCAAGGAGACCCUGGACGAUGUUCUGCAUCGGAUAGCCCAGCUAAUGCAGGAUGAAGACUGUCCUUUGCAGUCGCUAUCCGUGGCUGAGUCGCGGUUGAAGCAGGGUGCCAGCGUCCUGAUCCGGGCUUUGGGCAUCAAUUCUAAACUGACAGCGCUGGAUAUCAGUGGCAAUGCCAUAGGGGAUGCUGGCGCCAAGAUGCUAGCCAAGGCUCUACGCGUCAACACCAGGCUACGGUCUGUGAUCUGGGACCGGAACAACACAUCUGCUCUGGGCCUGCUGGAUGUGGCGCAAGCCCUGGAACAGAACCACAGCCUCAAGUCCAUGCCGCUGCCACUGAACGAUGUAACCCAGGCUCAUCGCAGCCGGCCAGAACUGACAACUCGAGCGGUCCAUCAGAUCCAAGCCUGUCUCUGGAGGAACAACCAGGCAGACUCUACUUCGGACCUCAAGCCCUGCCUUCAGCCCUUGGGUCUGAUUUCAGACCACUCAGAGCAGGAGGNGAACGAGCUAUGCCAGUCAGUACAGGAGCACGUGGAGCUGCUGGGCUGUGGGGCUGGGCCCCAGGGUGAGGUUGCCGUGCACCAGGCUGAGGACGCCAUCCAGAAUGCCAACCUCUCUCUCAGUAUCCUUCCCAUUCUCUAUGAGGCUGGGAGGUCCCCAAGCCACCACUGGCAGCUGCAGCAGAAGCUAGAGAGCCUCCUGGGUCAGGUGGGAGAGAUCUGCCGCCAGGACAUCCAGGACUUCACUCAGACCACCCUGGAUACCGCAAGGAGCCUCUGCCCACAGAUGUUGCAGACACCUGACUGGAGGAAGCAGCUAGAGGGAGUUCUGGUGGGCUCCGGGGGCCUCCCAGAGCUGCUUCCGGAACAUCUGCUGCAAGAUGCCUUCUCUAGGCUGAGGGACAUGCGCCUGUCAAUCACUGGGACCCUAGCAGAGAGCAUUGUGGCUCAGGCUCUUGCAGGUCUUCAUGCAGCCCGAGAUCGACUGGUGGAGAGUCUAACUCAGCAGGCACCAGUGACCAUGACCCCUGCUGUACCACCACUGGGUGGAAAUGAGCUCAGCCCCCUUGAGACUGGGGGAUUGGAAGAGCUUUUCUUUCCCACGGAGAAGGAAGAGGAGAAAGAAAAGGAUAAUAGUUCUUCAUGGAAAUGGCUUGAGCCUAGUAACUGUUUUCACCUGGUCUCCUCCCUUCAUGGUGCUGCUGAGGAAGCGGAACGGGACCCCGAGCUGGCAGCUCCGGGGGAAGAUGCAGAGCCGCAGGCUGGGCCGUCUGCACGCGGCUCUCCAAGCCCCGCCGCCCCGGGGCCCCCCGCCGGCCCUCUGCCUCGCAUGGACCUGCCACCCGCCGGGCAACCCCUACGCCACCCAACCCGAGCCCGACCGAGACCACGUCGCCAGCACCACCACCGCCCGCCGCCGGGGGGCCCCCAGGUGCCCCCAGCCCUGCUUCAAGAAGGAAAUGGGCUCACUGCUCGCGUGGAUGAGGGUGUGGAGGAGUUCUUCUCCAAAAGGCUGAUCCAGCAGGAUCACUUCUGGGCCCCAGAGGAGGAUCCAGCCACCGAGGGUGGUGCCACUCCUGUCCCCCGCACACUUCGAAAGAAGCUGGGUACCCUCUUUGCCUUUAAGAAACCUCGUUCAACAAGGGGUCCGCGACCUGACCUGGAGACUAGCCCUGGAGCAGCAGCUCGGGCCAGAAAAUCCACACUUGGGGAUCUGCUGCGACCACCGGCCCGUCCAGGCCGUGGUGAAGAACCUGGAGGGGCGGAAGGCGGCACCAGCAGCCCUGACCCUGCUCGCAGAAAUCGGCCUCGGUACACGAGGGAAAGCAAGGCCUACUCCAUGAUACUGCUACCUGCUGAGGAGGAAGCAGCCGUGGGUACCAGACCUGAUAAGAGGCGGCCUCUGGAACGGGGAGACACAGAACUAGCUCCAUCUUUUGAGCAGCGGGUACAAGUGAUGCUACAGAGAAUCGGCGUGAGCAGGGGCAGUGGGGGUGCGGAGAGCAAGAGGAAGCAAAGUAAAGAUGGCGAGAUCAAGAAGGCAGGCUCUGAUGGUGACAUUAUGGACAGUUCCACAGAGACCCCUCCCAUCUCAAUCAAGUCCCGGACCCACUCUGUGUCUGCUGAUCCCUCAUGCAGACCUGGGCCAGGAGGCCAGGGGCCUGAGUCUGCCACCUGGAAGACACUGGGACAACAGCUGAAUGCAGAGCUCAGAGGCCGUGGUUGGGGCCAACAGGAUGGUCCAGGGCCCCCCUCCCCAUGUCCCAGCCCAAGUCCCCGAAGAACCAGCCCCGCCCCAGACAUCCUGAGUCUCCCAGAGGACCCCUGCUUGGGCCCUAGGAAUGAAGAUGGCCAGCUGAGGCCGAGGCCUCUUUCGGCAGGCCGGCGAGCAGUGUCUGUGCAUGAGGACCAGCUCCAGGCCCCCGCGGAACGGCCCCUCCGGCUGCAGCGCUCCCCUGUCCUCAAGCGUAGGCCGAAGCUCGAGGCACCCCCAUCCCCAAGCUUAGGCUCUGGCCUUGGAUCCAAGCCUCUUUCUCCGUACCCCACAGAACCCUCCAGCCCUGAGCGGAGCCCUCCCUCCCCAGCCACAGACCAAAGAGGCGGCGGCCCCAACCCCUGAACCUCUCUCCUCCUGCCGCAUGAAAUUAUUUUAUUAAAAAACUUGAAUGAAAC